UGCUCUCCUGGUCGGGAAGAUGCCGGUGCUGCAAGCCUCGGCUAGGCGGGGAAGCGAGCAGGCGCUGUCGUAGCCGCCGAGGCGCUCAAGGCUUUCAGAGUAUCAAGUGCUUUGGGUCCGUGGCCAGCACAGAUGGCGGUGACGCUGCACACGGAUGUGGGAGACAUUAAAAUAGAGCUGUUCUGUGAGCGAACCCCCAAGGCAUGUGAAAAUUUCCUGGCUCUCUGUGCUAGUAAUUACUACACUGGCUGUCUAUUCCAUCGGAAUAUCAAAGGCUUUAUGGUGCAGACCGGAGAUCCAGCAGGCUCUGGGAAAGGAGGAAACAGCAUUUGGGGCAGGAAAUUUGAAGACGAAUUCAGUGAAUAUUUAAAGCACAGUGUCCGCGGAGUCGUUUCUAUGGCAAACAACGGCCCCAACACAAACGGAUCUCAGUUCUUCAUCACUUACGGCAAGCAGCCGCAUCUGGACAUGAAAUACACCGUGUUUGGGAAAGUAAUUGAUGGUCUGGAUACACUGGAUGAGCUGGAAAAACUGCCUGUGAAUGAAAAGACUUUCCGGCCUCUUAGUGACGUUCACAUCAAAGACAUUACAAUUCACGCGAACCCCUUUGCUCAGUAGCAGGAAAGGGCCCUGACAGAUUCCAGAUCAGCCGCUUGGAAUUAACUGCCAGUGACUUCUGAAGAGUUGUUUGUGCAUGCACUCUUGGAAUCGAGGGCUUGCCAAAGCUUUUUCUUCCGACUUUUCUAAUCUUGGUAUUUCAGCGGAUGGAGAGAAGACGCAUCUCGAUGCAUGAAGUCCUAUGUGUUUGACAAAGCUGGGGGAAAACAACACAUGGGGGAUUUUUAUAUAUAAAAUAUGAAGCUACCUUUUCCUGUUCGAAGUUAGCUAGUUCAAACAUGAUUUAUUUUGAAAUUCCUCGUGUGCCUCUUCCUUUCACUUAGGGCAGCUGUUAACCAGAACAUUGACACAGAGAUCAGCUCUACCGGCAUAAAAUAAUGUAUACGAUUCUGCAGCCUUCACAACUGGAUUGGCUUGUCUGUUUUCCUUGUGCCGACGUGUUUGUUUUGUUAGUAAUCCCAGCUGACUGCGUUAGAUUUUCUGCCUCUGGUCCACUCAAAUUAGGACUUAAUGCCUACUUGCAUUAAGUGGUGCCCAUUUGGCAUAAUUAAAUAAUGCCCUCAAAGCAGUCUUUGAUUGAUUCAGUGACCUAUCGGUGGGCCCUACUUUUAUUUUUUUUCCUUUUGCCUCUAUAGAUGCAUCUUUUUUUUUCUUUUCAAAAUCAAAUUUAAUUCUACAGAAAGGACAGCAACCAGUGUAACUGCUGUCUUGAGCAGCUUAGAUUGAUGUAUGACUUGCAAAGUGAACCUCACUUGCUGAGAGCCAGUUUGGUGUAGUGGGUAAGUGCGCGGACUCUAAUCUGGGAGAACCGGG